AUGCUGCGGCUAGGAGCACGAUCGUGGCAGCGUAAGACAGCACAGCUUUUAUCGUGGCGCUCUUAUGCGUCAGAAGCGUCGAAUGAGGCGCUGCAGGUAACGACGCUGCCGAACAAGGUCCGUGUAGCGACUGAAGCGACACCUGGCCACUUUAGUGCGGUGGGCGUGUAUGUCGACGCUGGCUCGCGAUACGAGCGGCCGUGGAUUCCGGGUGAGAAUGGUGUGAGUCAUUUGCUUGAUCGAAUGGCAUUCAAGAGCACACGCACACGCUCAGCGUCAGAUAUGGAGCAGUUGAUCCAGGCGGUGGGUGGCAACGUCAUGUGUUCUUCGUCGCGUGAUACGAUCAUGUAUCAGUCGUCCGUGUUCAACCAGGACAUCGGAAAAGUACUGGAUGUUUUCUCCGACACGAUUCGGCACCCGAUCCUGGAUGCCACAGAGCUCGGUAUGCAGCGCGAAGCAGCCGCCUGGGAAGUAUCAGAAAUUUGGAGCAAGCCUGAGAUGAUUCUUCCUGAAAUUGUGCAUUCCGUGGCGUACCAUGAAAACACGCUUGGGCACUCGCUCUUGUGCCCGAUCGAGAGCCUAGACGUGAUGACCACAGACAAUCUGCGUGCUUUUAUGCAAGCAUGGUACCGCCCCGAGCGUAUUGUAGUGGCGGGUGCUGGCAUGCCACAUAGUGAGCUUGUGGCACUAGCGACCGAGUUCUUUGGUGACAUGCAUGUUCCGCCGCAAGAUCCGAUGCUGGAAUUACUCGGUAAAGAGCGUGCGCGAUACACCGGCGGCGAGUUGGUGCUACCGGACCCUUCGUCAGAAUUUACGCAUGUAUACGUUGCGUAUGAAGGUCUGUCGAUUCACGACGACGACAUUUACGCACUUGCAACGCUGCAGAUGCUGCUGGGCGGUGGCGGCAGCUUUAGUGCCGGUGGUCCCGGCAAGGGCAUGUACAGCCGUCUCUAUACCAACGUCCUGAACCAGUUUUAUGCUGUUGACCACUGUGCAAGCUUCCACCAUUGUUACGCCGAUUCAGGCCUCUUUGGCAUUUCGGCGAGUGUGCACCCCAGUUUCAAUGCGACGGUGCCGUACGUGAUCGCGCGUGAGUUGGAGCUAUGUACAUCGGGUGCGUAUCACGGCAGCAUUACGAAUGCUGAGCUUUCGCGUGCCAAGAACCAGCUCAAGAGCAGCUUGAUGAUGGCUCUCGAAAGCCGACUGGUCGAAGUGGAGGAUCUGGGCCGCCAAGUGCUGGUCCACGGCAAAAAGAUUCAUGUGCGCGACAUGUGUGCGGCGAUUGACCGCGUGGAUCUUGCGACACUACACCGUGUAGCAAAGCGUGUGCUCAUGAGCGGCAAGCCCAGUACGGUCGUGGUGCAGGGUGCCGAGCUUGAGGGUGUCGGCGAUAUCCGCAGCUUGCUCUCAUCGCGGGGUAUGUAG